CACGACGACGCACUCACGUUGUGUACAGAACCGCUGUAUAGAGUUAUCGGAAUGAGGAGAAGUGCUUUCCUGCUAAGAUGAACGCGCCACCGGCCUUUGAAUCGUUCCUGUUGUUUGAGGGUGAAAAGAAAAAAAAAAUCACCAAGGACACAAAGGUACCCAAUGCUUGUUUGUUCACUAUAAACAAGGAAGAUCACACAAUUGGAAAUAUCAUUAAAUCGCAGCUGCUGAAAGAUCCCCAGGUUCUGUUUGCAGGGUACAAGGUGCCUCAUCCCCUGGAGCAUAAAAUUGUUAUUCGAGUUCAGACCACACCUGAAUAUAGCCCUCAAGAGGCUUUUACUAAUGCUAUCACAGACUUGAUAAGUGAAUUGUCUCUUUUGGAGGAACGAUUUAGGGUUGCCAUUAAAGACAAACAAGAAGGAAUUGAAUGAGGUUA